GGAGAGAGUUCGACCUCGGCCCUUACAACGCAGACCUGGAGAUUGGCGUACUACCAGAUCGCUACCCGCAUAUGUCUGCUGAAGAUCAAAAAGCCUGCUACAAUGUCCGCAGACUGCUGGAAAUGUUGCGGAAGUCGUUUCAUACUGGAAUCUAUAAAAUUCCUCCUUUAGAUCCAUACAUAAAUAAUAAUUUUUCACCAGUCACUCUUAAUGUACCUUUACUAACCGGCGAAGUUGAUGUUGCGCAAGUAAUAGUUACUGGUCUACAAGCUUUUAACAUAGAGCUCAUCGAGAUGCGCUUGGACACCAACAGAAGCGACUUUAUUUUCUCAGUGCCUUUGGUAAAUGGAGUAGUUUAUUUUCAAGCAAAUCUGGCUUUGGGAGGUUUAUUCCCAAUGAGUAUUAAAGGAAGAUUAAGAGUACAAUUACAAAAUGUAAAAGUUGAUGGAGCAGUUGGUGGCCAUGAGAAUAUUUUCCCACCUAAACAUUUUUACUCCUUGACGGCGUUACAAACACAUUUUCAUGCAGACAACGUGAAGGUUAGGUUAGAUGGCCUGAAUCUUGAAAAAGAUGUUUUGGAGUCUCUACAGUCAUUAGGCACAAAUAUUGCACUAGAACCUAUUAAAAAGGUCGUUAAUUAUUAUGUAGCGCAAGAGAUCCUGAAACAAAUGAACAGAAUUAUCGAAAACUUUUCUGUAGCGCAAGUAAACGCGUAUUUACUCGCUCGUUAGAAAUAAAAAAAUAUGUAUAUUAUAAAAUUACAAGUACGCA